AGAAAGUUAAAAUCAUGGCUACGAUGGAAGAUAGAAUAUUGGGGGAGAAGCUGCACUACUACUGCAGCAGCAGUGAAGGUGAGGAAGAGGAAGAUAAAGAUGAUGUUCAGGUUGCAGAGGACGGUUUUGAUGUAGAUAAAUCCAGGAAUACUCAAGCUGACAAGAUUGCUGAGAGAGCGUAUAUGGAGGGCCCAAGAGCGCACAACACAGGAAUAAAAGGUGUAAAAGAAGAUGCAAGAGCUUAUAGAAGAUACAUCUUGGAGAAAGAACAGGAAAAGUUCGACGAGUUAGCGAAGGCAGCUGGACGUUUCGUACUAAAUGACCCCGCGAAAUCAGAUGAAUUUGAUCUUGAUGAAGACGAAGAGUUCAUGGCGGCAUACAGAGAUAAGAGAAUGAUGGAAAUGAAAGAGAAAGCCACUCCUAGAUUUGGUAGAAUCAUAGAACUAACUGAAAGGGACUACUGUGAUACAAUCGACAACGCACAUUCUAGCACGGAUGUUGUGGUGUUCAUUUACGAGGACCACAUUGCAGCUUGCAGAGCAUACAUGGAAUAUUUGCCAAGAAUAGCUCAAGAGUUCCCCAAGUGUAUGAUAUGUCAUAUUCGAGCUAGCAGAGCCAAGAUGAGCGCUAAUUUUAUAAAGAGGGGCUUGCCAUGCUUCAUAGCUUACAAGGGUGGAGACGUUAAGAAAGCCUGGGUAAAUAUCCGCGAUACUAUCGGAGACGAUGCAGAGUACGAUGUACUGGUUGACGGGAUGCAGGACAAUUCUGUAUUACCGUACAACUAAUCCGCACUCAAUCAACAUUUUAUUUUAAGUUUACAAUUUCUUGUUUGAUAUUUUUGUCUUUCUUCACCAAAGUCAGGCAUUUUAUCACUCCGAUAUUAACUUGACCAUCAGAGAAGUUCGAGUCAGGGUUUAAGAUGAAUCGGAGAUAUAGAUAUUGUUGCUUAUUUCUGUCUGAAUGACUAUU